AUGGCUCACUUGAGCUUUGGAAACAUUGAGCAGGCGAAUAUGUUUCGCCAAGAGACUGAACAUAGGGGCAUUAGCAUCUUUGGACCACAAUUAGCAAUUAAGUUUACCCCUCUACCAAAGUAUAGGGAAUGUUGGGCUUCAGAGGGUUUUUCUAGACCAAAAUUAGCUUCUAAUACCUACACUUGUUUUUUAGCUUCUGAAGGUCCAGGUCAUGUCGCAGCAGCCUAG